AUGUGGCGGUUGCAAUGGAUUGUGGGCUCCUUGUUGUGGGUACCAUCGUACGGGUUUCUUCUGGAUCCACUACCAAGAAAGACGUCCCUCUCGAGACAACUCCAUCAUCCCUCGAACCGAUUACCGCCAAGAGAUGGCACUACUAGUACUACCAGCAGUACAUCCACUCAACUGUUGGAAAACAAGCUGUGGGAUCGAUUGGAGAUUGAAGAAGAUCCGGAACCCUUUUGGUAUCUGAUUAAUUGCGUGGCCGGAUUGGAACUGGAUUUGUUGGCGCAAUGUCGUCAAGCCACGGAGGAUAUGCCCGAUGCCAUUUUCUUUUGCGCACCGACCGAGACCAAAACCCGUUCGCACGGAGCCAAUCGUAUGGUGACGGAAUCCAAAGUCAAAUAUCAAGGAUAUGUCUUUGGGAAACUACGAUUGUGUCCCGAAGUUUACGAAGCCAUUCAAGGAUUGGACUUGUGCCGUUCCUGGAUGGGGACUGUGAAUCACAAGGGAUACAAAAAGCUGCCACCAUUACCAGUCGCACUGAACGAAAUGGAGGUGGAAAAUUUUGGAUUGGAAGAGCUCGAAAAGGAAUCACAACAACAAGACGACGAACAACCACCACAAUUCACCGAACAAGGAGAAGAUGUCAUUCUCGAUGAUGCCGAUACGGUCGAUCCCAAUGCCAUUGAUGAAGAUGCCCUCAAGGUAUUCUUGGGAUUGCGCGUCAAUGACAUGGUCAAGGUCACGCAACGGGGCAAAUUUUACGACGAAGAUGCCACCGUCCGACGACUCAAAGAUGGCAAAAUUCUCUGUCGAUUUUUUACCUACGGGACCAUGUACGAGGAAUGGAUGAAUCCCGGGGAUGUUCGCAAAUUGUCCGAUCGAGAAGUCGUCAAAGGAUUGUCCGGUCCCGAUCGACCCAUUACGCAAUACGACAUUGAUGGUGGCAAGGGCAAAGAUGGGCGAGGAGGUGGACGACAGUCCACACGGACAUUUGGGGAUAACCGGGGAGAUCUCAUGGAUAGUGUGCGAGGAGGUGCUGGACUCCGCAAUCGACGACAAGAUCGAACUGAACGUGGACAGAACCAACGACGAGACUUUUUUGGACGAACGGCAGAAGAUCGGAAACAGGAAGAUCGAAAUUGGGAUUGGUACAAGGAACAACAACGCAGCAAAGAGGGCAUGGUGUCGGAUGACGAAUUCACCUAUCGACCGGGAUCUCGUGGACGCGAUAACAACAACGAUAAUGCUGCCAAUGCGCGUCCUCCGUCACAGCGACAACAACGUCGCGAACGAAAACCGCAGCAGCAAGACUGGAGUGCCUAUGUGUCGUCUUCUCCGUCGUCAUCGCCACGCUCCCAGGAAGACGACUUUUUUGCCUCACUCAUGAACGAUCUCUCCAAAGAUGCCAACAACAACAACAACAACAAGGCCGAUGACAAUGAUUCCUACAACCAAAACAAUAACAACAACAAUCAGCAGGCAGCUCAAGAAGAGGAUGACUUUUUUGCGUCUUUGGUGGCUGAAAUCUCCAAUGAAGAUGAUGAUGGUCAUGACAAUGGAGACAAUAUUGACAACAGGCGGAACCGAAAUAAAAAUCCCAAAGAAACACCCUCCUCGCUGUCCACGGAUGAUUUCUUUGCCUCCCUGGCAGCUAGCAACAGUGACGAACAAACAGACCAUUCUUCGAGUGUAUUCGACGAAGAUGACCUGUUCUCGAACAAGAAGAGCAGCAGUAGUGAAGCAAGCGACGACGAUUUCUUUGCAUCCUUGGAAAAAGAAUUGGGAGGCGCUCUUGGAGCAACCGAUGACGACAGCAGCAGCAAGGGGUCUGACAAUCGUGAAGACUUUUUUGCUUCCUUGGAAAGCACUCUAACGGAUACCUCGGGCGAAGAUGACAGUGACGAUUUUUUUGCGUCCUUGGGAGAAACACUUUCUGUCGAGCUGCAAGGCGACGACGACACGCAGCAAAGUAGCACCGACCAGUAUAGUGCCGAGGAGGAGAGCAUUCCCACCCAAAAACAAUCGACAGCCACUGCACAACCCGAGGUAGUAAAGAGCCCCGCACCAUCUUCGUCUGGUGCUGCAACUAGUACGGAUCUGAGCAAACUGACCGUUCCAAAGCUCAAAGAGAUGCUCAAGGCAAGGGGGCUGAAGGUGUCGGGCAAAAAGGCAGAGCUCAUUGAACGCCUGAGUGCGUGA